AACCUAAUUCUCCUCUUCUCAACCUUGCCAUCAUAACCUGAAACAAUCAGUUUUUAUAAACAAAUCCCAAGUCAUCAAUUCAAAAAUACAUUAUGAACGAACCGCAGCCGGAUCAGGGCGCAAUUAGAGCUGAGGUGCUUCAGCUGAUUAGCAGGAAAGACCAAAUUGAGGUGGAAAUGCGAGAACUGGCAGCUAUCUUAAGCCAGCAGAAUGGGGUGGGCAUGCAUGAGCCCCUGGUGGACGCAGAAGGUUUCCCGAAGAACUCCAUUGACACCUACCAAGUGCGCCAUGCAAGGCACCAAAUUAUCUGCCUGCAAAACGACCAUAAGGCCCUAAUGAAGCAGAUUGAGAGAGGGCUGCAAGGCUACUACUCGGCCUCGUCUUCUGAUUGCGGAAUGGAUACGCAGCCGAUCAGGCCCGCUGCUCGACAAGAAUUUCCCUCGUUUACUGUGGCCUUUGCCAGAGUCACCGAUGUUACUCAGGACUCUCCAGCUGACCUUGCCGGGAUUCAAGCUGGAGAUCAAGUCGUGGAAUUUGGCUCAGUGAAUUCGAUGAAUUUCAAAGCAAUCACCGAUAUAGCGACGGUUGUACAGCAUUCGGAAGGCACACAGAUUAGCUUGAAGUUGAAGAGAAAUGAACGCUUUAUCACAAUCAGCCUGGUGCCGAAGAAGUGGGCUGGAAGGGGUUUGUUGGGAUGCAACAUUGUUACCAUAUAGGAAAAAUACCUAAUAUAAUACACUCGUCAAUGGCACAUAAUAAACAAUUGCUCUGAACGUUCUA